AUGCAAUUGGCGUUUCUGGACUUUGAAGCCGCGUUCGACUCGCCUCACCGAGGCCGUCUUCUCAAUGCUCUCGCUGCCGAUGGAGUACCAGGAAAGUUCGUUCGUUUGCUUGAUGACAUGAAUCAACGAACAACUGCUGCAGUUCGAACACCAGCCGGAUGUACAACACCUUUGGGGUGGGAGACGUCGGAAUUUGCAGGACACGGAGUAGCAACCAAUGGAUCGAUUUUGUGCAAGAACUUGAUUACUGAGGAUCGAGAAUGUCAGGGAGAGCUAUGCUCAAGGACGACACACCUCGGCAAAGAAACGCGUCAGGCGAUAACAGCCCACCGAUUAAGUCAAAUCAAUACGUCAACACGAGAAGACAGAGAGACGGGUGGGUAUGACGGCGACGAAAAGAGACGAGACGACGCUGCCCUCUCAACGCCGCUCAACGAAACUGGAGAACGACUGUUCUCAGAAAAAUGCGACAGUAAAGGACUUGGUGGAGCUGGUGUCCUCGCGAACACAAGAAUGGCGAAGAACAUUGGCUCUUUCGAACAACUGACGAUACGCGCCGUUGGAAACAUUUGUAUAAAGCGAUGUGACGUCGAAAGAUCCGAUGACACAUCGCUCAGAUUCAGAUUCAAGGAAAGUCGAACUUUCGCACUUGUGGAAGAUGUACCAGCAAAUUGUGUUCGACUUGUAAGAGACGCAAUUUCUUUGAGACAGAAGAUCGUCUCAGAAAGGCAAUCCAUCCAGUUUCUCCGCCGAUGUUUGAAGUACAAUGUCGUUCCGAACUUCAUCGCCAACAAACGACUUCACGAAACAUGCGGAUUGAUGAGGGGAAGCCAGCAAAUGAAAGGAAUCGAGCAAGUACUACUCCGAACAGCACUGAAGACAAAACAAGACCGAUUGUAUUCCAUGCUAUUAAAAUGUGCUUGUAAAGAAGAGUGUUGUAAACGAUUCGUGCCUGGUAACCUUUGGAGGAGAAUCGAGGGUGAGUCAAGAGUCAUUUGUGAUAAUAUUCGCUCUAAUGCCAAGUCUAGGCUACAAGGGAAGUUCAGUGGGUUAUUGCAUCGGGAACUGAAUCAAAAACAGCCUGCAAGAGUAGUAGCAGACCCUGGUAGUGCUAGCCGUAGUGAUGUUUCCGAAAAUGCAAAAUUACCGCCUCGUGUUUCGGUCAUAGGCAGUGUAUCUUUUUCUAAUAACGCGCCCUCAGUUUUGGAUAUGGGCCCAAGUUUCUCACCUGUUCAAUCGAUAGGGCCCAGGGUAGUACGAAAGAUAGUGGGCAGCCUACAAUACGUACAUGACCGUCUGCGAUAUAGAGCAAAGAUCGGAGAGGAGGAAACGGGUAGAGGAAGUAAUAUUAAUGCGAAUUUCCCUGUGGUACCGUUCCCCGCAAUGAUAUUCAAACCUCAGGAUCCCCAUCCUCGAGUGGAUGCCAAGUUUCGUUUGUUCACCACAUCAGUUUUCUCGAUUCUCAAACGUUUUUCGAGAAAACAUCCUAUUUCUAAUCUCACGCCAAUGCAACGCUCUGGCCUACGUGAGAUACGCGAACUCUCAACACGUGGCGAGAUAAAGGUCACAAUCAGCGAUAAGGGAGGAGAGUUUGUGGUCAUAUCACGUGAACUAGACAUGGCUAUCACUCGAAAACAUCUGGAUGACGCUACACUCUACCACUCUUCGUCACAUGAAGAGUUCAUAAAACAGAGUCGCCGUCUCAAUAGAGUUUGGGUAGAGAUUGGAAAGGCUGCGGGGUUACAUAAAACAAUGAUCAAAAAGCUGAAAUACGAACUUCCUACUUGCCCAGUUUUAUACCUGCUAAUAAAAACACAUAAACUCUCUUCCUUUGCUUUCCUUUCAGAAGACCCGGAUGUAUUCAAAGUACGUCCUAUCAUAAGCAACGUAGGUGGCCCCACGGACAGAAUAUCUUGGCUUUUGAACGCUAUACUUGCACCAUUGCUCAAGUAUGUUCCCGCGCAUCUAUCCAACACCAACAUGUUCCUUGAGCAGCUUAAAAGAGUGCGUUCAGAAAAAGAAUGUGUCAUCGAAUCUUUCGACGUCACAUCGCUUUAUACAAAUGUUUCCAACGGCGCUGCAAUGCAAGCUGUGUUCGAGCUACUCGUAGAACAUCGGGACACCUUAGACUUGCACGAGUUUUCCAUAAGGCAAAUUAUGACGCUCCUGGAUGAAUGCUUAAAGUGCUCCAUUUUUCGUUGGGCCGGCAACUACUAUAGACAGGUCAGGGGAUUGGCCAUGGGACAAAGACUAGCUCCCACACUAGCCAUUGCAUUCAUGUCCAAAAUAGAACAACGCAUUCUGGAACGGAAACCUUUCCUGUAUUGCCGUUAUAUCGAUGACUGUUGCAUUAUAUGCCCCACUCAAGACGAGAUGGACACUUGUUUCGAGCUUCUAAACCAACAGUCCCCUUAUAUACGGUUCACAAGGGAGAAACCCAAAGAAAAUUGGCUGUCCUUCCUCAAUGUAGAAAUACAGUGGUCCAAUGGCUCUGACGAAGGCGACAACGCCGAAACGUUAGCCGUAAUAAAUGUGUUAACAAUCUUGGCUGUUGCUUAA